AUGCUGCUCCCCGCACUCGCCGCCCGGGAGGUGGGCACCCUCCGGGGCCCACGCCUGGAGUCUAAGGCCGUCGGAGACCCCGGACUGGCGCUAAGACUUUGCGAUGUGGCAGAUUUGAAUCUCGAGGAUCGUGGGGGGGUGGGAGCGCUGGCAUGGAAUGGCCCCACUGCCGACACCCUGGCGGUGGGUCAUGCUGAUGGGCGCCUGGUCCUCUGGCAGCCGGAGGCCGACACGCGCUCCGAGAUCGACACAGGCCACACCGGCCCCAUGCACGGCCUGUCCUUCCUCCCCGACGGCACUGUCCUGUCGGCCGCCGGGGACGGGCAGGUGCGCAUGCACAGCCUGCGCCGCGGCGCGACCCGCCCCUUCCACCUCCACUCCGCGGCCGCGACCUGCGUGCUGGCCGUCGAGGCAGCCUCGUUUCUGUCUGGCAGCAGCGAUGGGACCGUAAGGCUGACGGACACCCGGGUCCCGCCGCAGCCCCUCAGGGAGCCAGACUCCCCGGCGCGCGGCUCCUGCCUGGUCGUGGACCAGCGGGACCAGAGACUGGGGCGCAGCAGGCGUAGUGUGGCCGUCGCCAGCCUGGCUCAGGACGAGUGCCGGCCCUGGCUGCUGCUCACGGGAGGCUCCGACCCGGCCAUCCGGCUGUACGACAUGCGCAUGGCCCGACCCCCCGCCGCGACGGCGGCCCCCUGGGUCGCGGCCUACGUGCCCUCCCACCUCAAGGCGGGCCUGCUGGGCUCGGCCCGCUCGGCGCAGCGCUCCCCCGCCGGCGGCUCGGUCACCGCGGUGGCCUUUGCACGCGGGGGCGCGGACGUGCUGGGCGCCUACGCCGGCGACGCGGCCUACGGCUUCCACGAUCACAUGGGCGAGGCCUCCGACCAGGAGGUCAGCCCGCGCCGCAUGUACUCGCGCUCCUACGACCUGCUUGGCGGCAGCGGCCUGCCCGAGGGCUCCGGCAUGCAGCACAUGAGCCUGUCCGCGCUGUGCCAGCUGGGCGGCGACACCCUGAUCUGCCCCUCCAGCCUGGGCGCCGCAUUUGUCUGGGAGUACGCCAGCGGCCGGCUCACCAAUGUGCUGCUCCAGGGGGAGGACAGCAGCAUGGAGUCUGGCACGGCCCGACCGGGCUACCCCCAGCUGGCCACCGGGAGCCAGGACUCCACCGCGGCACACCAGCGGGAUCUGCACAGUGCAACAAAACAGCUGGGCCUGCGCCUGGCGGCUGCGGCGGACAACGCCGCGGAUGCAGAGGGCGUGCCCAAUCCGGAGGCCGGGGAGCAGGCGCAGUCCCUGCUGCUGGCGGCGCUGGGUCUGACGCACAGGGACGGCGAGUUGCAGGGCAGGGACGGGCGUACUGUGCGGUGUAAUGUCAUGUGA